AAGAGAUGGCGCUACUUUAGAAUGUCGCGAAUCCCUUUGUGUAAUUCCAAGUUUGUUAUUUACUUGUCAAACAGCUGACUUUCCGUUCGAGAUGUGAGGAUUUAUGCUGGAAAAAUUAAUUUAAGCAAUUAAAUUCAAUUAAAAUGGACGUGGUUGGGCUUCUCAAUAAUAUUAACGACAAAACAAACAUGUUCGCGGUCACAACGUGGACGUCGGAGUGGUCGAAUAAUUUUCAAGAGAAUCAAUUGCUGUGGUCCUUCUGCGGUUGCUUACUGGUUUCCCUAUUGGUCGUGUUCUUCUACUAUUAUAGAAGAUGGCGUUCCAAAGAAUUAUCGGGCGGCACCGGAUUGGCCGGUGCCGCUGGCGAGCCGGCAAAACGGUUCCGGAAACGGGACAAGAUGCUGUUCUACGGCAGGAGGAUGCUGCGGAAGGUGAAGUCGAUAUCGAACUCUGGGCAGGGACGCAAGCGGCGCGCCGUGAUGAGGUUCGCACGGAAACUACUGCAGCUGAAGAAGGAGGCAGCUCCUGAACAACUCAAGGUUUUGGAGCCUCCAGCCGAGUACCUCGAGGAGGACCUGACGAGUGACGAUCGCGUGCCGCCAGACGCUCUCUACAUGCUGCACAGCAUCAGAGUGUUCGGACACUUCGAGAAGCCCGUGUUCCUGAUGCUGUGCAAACACACGGAGAUAUUGAACUUGCCUGCUGGAGCGUUCCUGUUUAAAGUCGGCGACACAGAUGAAAACGUGUACGUGGUACAGAACGGGCGCGUGAACGUGUACAUCACGAACCAGGACGGCAGCGGCCUGUCGCUCAAGGUGGUGCGCGCCGGCGAGAGCGUCACCUCGCUGCUCAGCUUCACCGACGUGCUCACGGGUCGCUCACAACCGUACAAGACUGUGAAUGCGAAGGCUCUCGAAGAUUCCCAAGUGAUCAAGCUGCCGAUGCGAGCGUUUCAGGAGGUGUUCAAGGAGUAUCCUGACAUAUUUGUACGCGUCAUACAGAUCAUCAUGGUCCGGCUGCAGCGCGUGACGUUCACCGCACUGCACCAGUACCUCGGACUCAGCGCAGAGUUAGUGAACCCGGGCCGCGACAAGCGUCGCCCGACGACCGUGUCGUCGUCGCCGGGCAAGUCCAGCAAGCUCGCGAGCGACGCGCCCGCACACGCGCCCGCGCACGCGCCCGCACACUCGCCGCACCACGACAGGAACAACACCGAACAUUUAGAAGGCGGGCACCAGGUGUCGUCGCCCAUACACAUCCAGGGCCGGCGGCAGCGACCCGACAUGGUGCCCGACGUCACCUCCAACACGCCACAGCAGCAACCUGACGUGCAACCGACGUCAUCUUUACCGAGGAACAAAGAAGGAUCCUGGUACAAGAAAUACAGCACCGAUCAUCUCGACGAACAGGCUCUAAUCCAAAUAGCAACAGAGGCUUUUGUCAAAGAGUUGGGACUUGAUAACGAUAACAUACUAAAGGGCAAUGUGCAAGUGAGGGACCUGCCCGCUGGCACAUACAUUAUGAAGGAAGAGAGUCAUAAGGAUGUGGCUUUGGUCUACCUUCUGUCCGGAGCUCUGUUGGUGUCGCAGAAAGUAGCUGAAGGUGACGGCGAAGUCCACAUGUUCACCGCGUAUCCAGGCGAAGUGGAAGGCGGCCUGGCGGUGCUGACGGGCGAGCCGUCGUUCUUCUCCAUCCGCGCGAAGCACUUCUCCCGCAUCGGGCUGCUGUCCAAGACCACGGUGUACAGCAUCAUGAGGGAGCGGCCCUCCGUCGUGCUGCACAUAGCCAACACUGUGGUGAGGAGGCUCUCGCCGUUCGUCAGGCAGGUCGACUUCGCACUUGAUUGGGUGUUCCUGGAGUCUGGUCGCGCGGUGUACCGGCAGGAUGAGGAGUCAGGGUCCACGUUCAUCGUGCUGAGCGGCCGGCUGCGGUCAGUCAUCACGCAUCCCAACGGGAAGAAGGAAUUGGUCGGAGAGUACGGGAAAGGGGACCUUGUUGGCAUUGUGGAGAUGGUGACGCAGACGCGGCGCAGCACGACGGUGAUGGCGGUGCGCGACUCGGAGCUGGCCAAGCUGCCCGAGGGGCUGUUCAACGCGAUUAAGCUGCGGUUCCCGGUCGUCGUCACGAGGCUCAUCAACUUGCUCGGACAUAGGAUUUUAGGUUCAUGGCAGAAGCCGACGGCGGGGCUGGGCGGCGCGCCGGCCAUCGAGUCGCGUCCGUCGCAGCACAACUUCUCCACCGUGGCCGUGGUGCCCGUCAGCGACGACGUGCCGCUCACCGCCUUCACCUACGAGCUCUACCACUCGCUCUGUGCUAUAGGGCCCACGGUUCGUCUAACAUCCGACGUGAUUAGGAAACUCCUCGGUCUGACGAUCAUGGACCCUAACAACGAGUACCGGCUGAGCUCGUGGCUAGCGCAGCAGGAAGACAAACAUAAGGUGGCGCUGUAUCAGUGUGAUCCCAGCCUGACGCAGUGGACGCAGCGUUGCAUACGACAGGCCGACUGCAUUCUCAUCGUAGCACUGGGAGAUAAACAACCGAGUAUUGGGAAGAUUGAGAAGGAGAUCGAGCGCCUGGCGAUCCGCACGCAGAAGGAGCUGGUGGUGCUGCACCGCGAGGGCGGCGCCGCGCCCGUCGGCACCGUGCACUGGCUCAACAUGCGCUCCUGGGUGUCGCACCACCACCACGUGCGCUGCCCGCACCGCAUGUUCACGCGCAAGAGCCAGUACCGCAUCGCAGAGCUCUACUCCAAGGUGUUGAUGUCGGAGGCGAGCGUGCACUCCGACUUCAGCCGGCUGGCGCGCUGGGUGACGGGCACGUCGGUGGGGCUGGUGCUGGGCGGCGGCGGGGCGCGCGGCGCCGCACACGUCGGCAUGAUACGCGCUAUACAGGAAGCCGGUAUCCCUAUAGAUAUGGUGGGUGGCGUGAGCAUCGGCGCGUUCAUGGGAGCGCUCUGGUGCAUGGAGAGAAACAUCACGACUGUCACGCAGAAGGCUAGAGAGUGGUCACAGAAAAUGACCCAGUGGGGUCGCCAGCUCCUAGACCUCACGUACCCAGCCACGUCGAUGUUUUCCGGGCGUCAGUUCAACGCCACCAUCCGCGCCACCUUCGGCGACGUGCACAUCGAGGACCUGUGGCUGCCGUACUUCACGGUCACCACAGACAUCAGCUCCAGCUGCAUGAGGGUCCAUAGACACGGUUCGCUGUGGCGUUACAUUCGCGCGUCGAUGUCGCUGAGUGGGUACAUGCCGCCGCUGUGCGACCCUGUAGACGGCCACCUCCUAUUGGACGGCGGUUACGUCAACAACCUACCAGCGGACGUGAUGAGGUCUCUGGGCGCGAAGCACAUCCUGGCCAUCGACGUGGGCUCUCAGGACGACACCGAUCUCACCAACUACGGAGACGACCUGUCAGGCUGGUGGUUAUUGUGGAAGAGAUGGAACCCGUUCACAACACCUGUCAAAGUGCCCAACUUGCCGGACAUACAGAGUCGACUCGCGUACGUGUCCUGCAAUCGACAGCUGGAGGAGGUGAAAAAGUCUGACUACUGUGAGUACAUCCGGCCCCCCAUCGACGCGUAUAAAACCUUGCAGUUCGGCUCGUUCGACGAGAUCCGCGAGGUGGGCUACCGGCACGGCGCCGCGUACUUCGAGGGCCAGCGCCGCGGCGGCGGGGGCGGAGUGAGCGGCGCCGCGGCCGACAGACGCAAGCCCGACGCCGCGCCCUCGCUUACUGAUUACACAUUCACGGACCUUGCUCAAAUGGUGUGUUCUGUACGCACCGGCCGCGACGUCGACAACGACUCCUCCUCGUCCUCCGACUAUGAGGAGGACCAGCGGCACUUCGAGGGGUACGCGUCCGAGCCCAGCGCUGGGAUACUAGAGAUGUCAUCGAGCUUAGAGGAGGGCGCCGCGUGGAUCAGUGACACAGAAUUGGUUGGCAAAUAUUGACCUGCACACAGUAGUUUGGCCGCAAGGGAGGGUAUUCGGGCGAGGCGCGUGGGAGGGUCCCUGUCCUUGUCUGAAGACGAGGUAGACUCGGAGGCCGAGGUGUAUGACCCUCUGAACAAGCGUGGUGGGAGUAGGUGAGACCCGACUUUAUACGACCUUUGUAAGGCGUUGUACCAAUACGUACAGAGUGACGACGAGCGACACUAAAACGAACAUUCUAGAUACUUAUGACGGUAGUUUGGAGGGAAACUGUGUCUUUCAGUGGUGACAAAUUAUAAUCGAUGUCUCGAUGAUUAAUGUGUUAUCGAGAUUAGUGUGAAUGAUAUUCGAUUUUCUGAUUUUGUUAAUACUAUGAAUGUUUUAAACGUUUUUACAAUGUGGCUUCCGAUAAGAAUUUAAAUGUAAGUCAAAUAUUACAAAAUAAAUAGUACAUGUAUUGCAAGAGGCUACAAUUUCAGCUUAUGAACAAAAUGCAAAUGAAUAAAAAAGAAAUAUGAACACUGCCGUUUACAUUCCUGACAAAAAAACUUCCAAGUUUAAACUUUUCGGACAAAUUUAUGAUUUUUAUGGAAAUUGUAAAUAAUCGUUUUUUGGAUUUGUUUGGAAAACCUCAGUGAACCAUAGAGAAGCUAUGUAUGUUUUUAUUAACAUUAUUGACAGAAUAAAGGAAUUUGUAAUGGACUAUUA